AUGGAGGUGAUCACCUGGGACAGGGUGUUGUCAGAGGCGGAGAUGGUGGCCACCGUCGACUACUUGAAGUGGAAGCUGAGGGCAGGUGCCGUGCUCGAGGCUUCGGAACGUCUUGCCCCGGAGACCGAAAAGAACUUCGACUCCUGGGGUAAUCAGCAGUUGACGCAUGUGAGUCACCAAACCUUCGCAGUGGACUUGGCCAACGGGUACACAGCAGACUUGACAGGGUGGCCACUUACAAGAGACUACGCGCGGGGCUUUCUCACAAACAUAGCCGGGGUAGCCACAGCAGUCGUGAAGGGGCUGAUGCCAGCAGCAAAGUACCUCUACCAGAUCUACAUGGUCCAUGAGAGAACCGAUUGGGCAGGCGAAGCCAAGAUGUCCGUGAACCAUGGCGUUCAGUGCAGAGGCGUUGGGGACACUCGCAACGGAGCCAAGUUCUCCGGGGUGGCAGUGGCUUCGCCUAGAGGUGAGAUCAACUUCGAGUUCGAGCGCGUCUCCCAUCAUCUCGACCUCUCCGGCAUCGCCAUUGCAAAAGUGGGGCAGCCUCCGGUUAUCGCCAAGCCGGCGGAUCCACCAUCGCAGGGCAUGUAUGCCUGGUUCAAGUCCCCUGCCUGA